UUUAACAUCCAGGUUAGGAGAUGGGAGGUUUAGUCCCCUUAUUUGCAGAGAUCCAUCAGGAGAUCCAUCAAUUGAUCAACUAAAAAAUGCUAAAGUCGCCAAAACUAGUCAAAACCCCACCAUCCCCUACUACCCAAGAAGGUAAGUACCCAGGUAGCUUGCCAUCCCUCCUCCCUUUUUCCCGUUCACCGCUCUGAUCGCACGUCUUCGAGUGGGGAGGCCCACCUAAAGUUCAACAUCUUCAAAACACUUUCUUUCCACCAGUCCAAAUCCUAGUCUUGUUUUAGUGACUUGGUGUUUCUAACCAAAAUCAAGGUCCCCCAUAUACUAACUUAGGGAUUCAUUGGACACAUUCGUUCUUCUAAAAAAAAAGAGAGAGAGAGAGAGAUACUGAGGAAUUGUCAUGAAUUGACAAUUUACGGUGUUUGAUUUUUCUCAUAUAACACCUUUUCUUCUACUUUCACAGUAGUUGCAAAAAAAAAAAAAAAACUUUCGUUAAGUGUUUUUAUUGUACCCAUUUGGUUUUACGGAGAAACCAAAGAAGAAGAAAAAAGGCCUACUAAAAAACCGAACCCCCGCCAUAACAUUGCGACCAACCGAUAUAUUUGUGAAUAGGUUAUAGCUAGGUGACCUCUACCAUUGUGGCUAGGGUUUUACUUAACCCUUAUAGCCAAACAUGGACGAUUCUAUACCCAAUGCCGCAGAUAUAGAUGUCGGCGCUCCAGCAACCUUACCCCCAACCAUGGAGCCCAAGGUCGAGAAGCAUAAAGCCCCCGCGACGAGGCCUUCAGUCCAAUCGCGAAAUUCUAUGAACGGUCCUUUAUACAUGCAGACUAGCAAUAAUAAAGUCUUUAUUAGGAGGAUCAGGAGAAAAGGCGACGGUCCUAUGAGAAGCUUGGCCAGAUGGUUUCUCGACAAUCAAACAGGCCUUUCGUUCAAUUUGAUCGCUCUGAUAUUUCUUGCCCACAUGUUUUUACCGAAAGCGCGCCCUCACACCUCCAAAUUCUUCACCCUCUCGUACUACAAUCCGGCAACAGGGCAAUAUGCGAUUGGCUCCAAUGACUAUCAUUUUAUAGCAUUCUGUGUACUCCUCUUCACUGGAAUUCGUGCCGGCCUAAUGGAACACGUGUUGGCGCCCUUGGCCAGGCAUUGGGGCAUCUCUAAGCGAAAGGAGAUAACUAGAUUCUCGGAACAAUCUUGGAUGCUGGUCUACUAUUGUGUUUUCUGGUCCCUUGGUUUGUACCUAUAUGCCAGCUCGCCUUACUUCUUAAAUAUGCAAGAGCUUUGGGCCGGGUGGCCGAUCCGGGAACUCGGUGGUCUCAUGAAGGGUUACCUCUUGGCGCAGUGGGCUUUCUGGAUACAACAAGUUCUUGUCAUUCACAUCGAGGAGCGUCGCAAGGACCAUUGGCAAAUGCUCACUCACCAUUUCAUCACCAUCACGCUCAUUUGCACCUCGUACUUCUACCAUCAAACGCGUGUUGGUAACUUGAUCCUAGUCCUUAUGGACGUGGUCGAUUUGUUUUUGCCGCUUGCAAAGUGCCUAAAAUACCUGGGCUAUUCAAAACUAUGCGACGCCACCUUCGUUGUUUUCAUGCUCUCGUGGUUUGUGGCUCGGCACGUAUUCUACCUAAUGACAUGCUACAGCAUCUAUAAAGAUAUACCUGUGUUGAUUCCCGAACCCUGCUUUUCGGGCUCCAAUUCGAAUCUGACGCAAGUCCCUGCGCCUGAAGGAUGGGGACACUAUCUCAAGCCGUUCAGUGAUUUCGACGGCAUAGUAUGUUUCGACGGCAAUGUGCGGUGGGGUUUCCUAUACUGCUUACUUGGCCUCCAAGUUCUUACCAUUUUCUGGUUCUUCAUGAUUAUUCAGGUUGCUAUCCGCGUCAUUAAAGGGGACGGCGCCGAUGAUACAAGAAGUGACGAUGAAGAUGAGAAGGAGGAGGAGGAAGAGGAAUUCGAGUAUGAAGAGGCUCAACCACUUGAGGAAGAGGUUGGGGUAGAAGCUAUUGAUUUGAAGGGAUGGGAACGUCGGACAGGCGUCAAACGAGGUGCGACUACUUCCGGUGUCAGUUUACCCGGCCACAGCGAUCGUAAGGAGUUGCUCGGUCGCAUUGGCUGUGAGAAGCAGGUGGACUGAUAUAUCAACACAACAAAUGUGUUGCAGUGCUUGACCGUGAUAGUCAGCAAGUUCCUAUGAAUCUUGAGCUGGCCACCACGGGUAUCUCGCGCACUAUCAAGAGCGCCACGCUGGGGGGGACUGGGGGGCGGGGGGGUUUCGGAUAAUCCAAGAUCCCAAAGAGUAUGGCGCGACAAUCUUUCUGUUUUCAUAUGGGUUGAUAUGGGGGGCGGUAGCACUGUUGGUGCUAUAUUGCGCCAAUGGCAGUGAGAGGAUGAUUCUCUCCCGCUCGGUAUAUAUAGGUAGAUUUGGAAUUCAAUAAUCAUACCCCUUUCUAAGCUUG